AUGCCUUCACUACGCGUCAAUUGGGGCAGGCUGACCCUGGGCCUCGUCCUGUGUGUCGCCAUAGCUUUCGUCCGAGCUGAAGGCGCCAAGGAUGGCCCCCUGGACGACGUCACGCUGGGGCCGCCCUUGAGCCUCGAGGAAAUCGAGGAUCAACUUCAAGAGUGCCCCGUCGUCCACACCCUCACCGCCCAGAAGCUCGCCCGCCUCUCCGGCAAGACCUCCCAGGUCGCCAGGCUCUUCUCCAUCCUCUUCCCCAGCAGCUCUCCCGCCAUCAAUGCCCUGCUUGCCACCCUCUACAUAUCCGGCCCGCCCAACUUUCUUCUGGCGCUAUGUCCUCCGAACAUCGACCCCUCUUCUCUGUCCAUCAUGGUGGCCUUUGCUGUCGGCGGCCUGAUGGGCGACACGCUCUUCCACUUGCUCCCCGAGAUCUUUCUGGGCGAGGACGACCUCGAGAAGGCCCGCUUCGUCCUCGUCGAGCCCAACCGGAAUCUUCUGCUCGGCGUCGCUAUUUUGGUAGGGUUCAUGACUUUCGUCGCCAUGGACAAGGGGCUCCGCAUUGCGACCGGGGGCGACGGGGGCCACGACCACGGCCAUGGUCACUCGCAUGCCCACGGGAACGGCAAUGACGGCGCAAAGUCCACCGCGGUUGAGGGCGUCGAUGCCUCUGGCGUGAAGUCUCGGAAGAAGACAAAUGGCACCACGAGUGAGAAGGAAGCUGCCCCCGAGAAGGAGCUUAACCCGAGCGUCAAGCUCGGCGGCAUCCUGAACAUGAUUGCCGACUUUACCCACAACAUCACCGACGGACUCGCAAUGUCAGCCUCCUUCUAUGCCUCCCCCACCGUCGGCGCAACCACCACCAUGGCCGUCUUUUUUCAUGAGAUCCCGCAUGAGGUCGGCGACUUUGCGCUCCUCGUGCAGUCGGGCUUCAGCAAGAAGGCCGCCAUGGGCGCGCAGUUCAUCACGGCGGUGGGCGCGCUGCUCGGCACCUGCAUCGGCAUCGCCGUCCAGGAGCUCGGGGGCGGCUCCGCCUCGUCCGAGCCCCUCGCCCUCAACGGCGGCAUCUGGGGCACCAGUUUGACCUACGGCGACCUGCUCCUGCCUUUCACCGCGGGGACGUUCCUGUAUGUGGGCACCGUGGCCGUCAUACCGGAGCUGCUGGAGACGGGCAAGAACAGGCGGGAGGAGCUGGUCAAGACGCUGAGCCAGUUCGCGGCGAUCGCCUUGGGCGCGGGCAUCAUGCUUUACAUUUCGUGGCAUGACUAA